UGAUCGACACGUGCUUCGAAACGUGUUUAAAUUAAUGUCUCUUCAAAAAAAGGAAUGGCCCGCGUGGGCUGCUUCGUAUCCCCUCUUGAAUCAAGUAUGGAUAAGACCAUUAGUAUCGAUAACGCAAGACUCACAAACCGAAUUUACGGGAAGGGAAUUUCCUGGACAAAUUUAUCAAGUAAACGAAGAAAGUGUGGAGAUAUGGAACAGGAAAAAAGUCAAGUUUGUUGAUGCCAUGGUUCAUGACACUCAAUAUUGUUUUCCUUGCAAAUUUCCUCCGCUAAUCGAUAAUGA